AUGGUGGUGGACGACAUCAACGACCCUCAAGUAGAUGCGAGUUUCUAUGAUUUCUGGAGUCAAGGAGAGGAUUUGGAUUCUGAAGGCGGAACUUGGGAUGAGGACAGUGAGGUCAAAGCAACUGACUAUUAUCCAGAGCCCCCACUGGCUUUCAAAGAGGGUUACACAUUUUUAAGCUUAUUCGAUGCUGACGAAAACAGUAUAUAUCACAAAACAAAUCUCUACUAUCCAUUCAGUGGUAGGAGGGAAUGGCAACUUGCCGCGUGGCUUCUGCGUUCGGGCUUAAGCAUGGAGAAAAUGAAUUCUUUUCUGGCGCUAGAGAUGAUCGAUGACCUACCUUUAUCCUUCCGUUCAGCAAAAGAGCUACGUGGUCGAGCUGAAUCGCUGCCUAGCGGUCCACGUUGGAAGUCCCAGGUUAUUCAAAUGUCGCAUCCCACAAAGUCUCCGGCUGUUCUUUACUGGCAGGAUCCUCUUGAAUGUAUCGCUACAAUAUUCAACCAUCCUUUAUUUCGCAAUUGUCUCGACUACACGUCUCGCAAGGAGUAUAGCACAACACAGAGGCACUCUCGGAUAUAUACUGAAUGGAUGACGGGUGAUCAUGCCUGGGAGAUGCAGGUAUGUAUCAUCGGCGCUUCCCGUGGCGCAACUCUCCUUGGAACUAUUCUAUCAUCGGACAAGACAUGCAUUACUGCAUUGUCAGGCGAUCACGUCGCACACCCUUUCCUCAUCAGCCUCGCCAACAUCUACAUGACCACGCGACUCAAAUCGUCCUCCAAUGCUUUCCUUCUUACUGCCCUACUACCGGUCGCAAAAUUUGUUCACAAAAACAAACGAAUGAAAUGCGUGUUGCAGGAUCGGCUCGUUCACAAUUGCUUGAACAUCAUACUCAAACCAUUGAAGUUCGCUGCUUGA